AUGGCCGGAGCCCGCCUCGGGAAACGUACGCCGGAGGAGAACGUCGUGAUGGUGGCGGUCAAAGCCGAGAGGGAGAUGUCUAAGAUGGCCCUCUCCUGGGCUCUCACCCACGUCGUUCGCCCCGGCGACAUCGUCACCCUCCUCGCCGUCAUCCCUAACCACUAUGAGGGUAUUCCAGCUCUCUCUCACCCUCUCUCUCUCUCUCUCCCCCUCCCCUCGUCUCUCUGAAGACGUUUCCUCGUUCCAUUUUUGCGGCAUUUAGCCACGAUUUACGUGGCGAAUUCUUUCUCUCUUUCUCUCUCUCUCUCCCCUGCCCUCGUCUCUCCGAAGACGUUUCCUCGUUCUAUUUUUGCUGCUUCCAAACACGAUUUACGUGGCGAAUUCUCUCUCUCUCUCUCUCUCUCUCUCUCUCUCUUUCUUCAUCUUCAUCUUCAUCUUCUUCCUGUCAGGUCUUUUUCUGAGUAGUUUGAUCUGGUCUGUUUAGGCCAGAGAAGGAGGCUGUGGAGCUUCCCGAAAUUCGCCGGCGAGUGCGGGAGCGGCGGCGGGGGAGGGUCGCCGGAGAGUCGCCGGAAGGCGGAGGUUUCGGCGUUGUGCUCCCGGAUGGCGCUGCAGUUCCACGCCCGCCACGACCCCCAGGCGGUCAACGUGAGGAUCAAGGUCGUGGUGGCGGAGCCACACUCCGCCGGCGGAAGCGGCGGCGCUGUGGUGGCGGAGUGGAAGCGAGUCGGAGCCAACUGGAUCGUCCUCGACAAGUAAUGCCCUCACUGACUCGCUCACUCAGUUAAUUCUCUUCAUCGGUAGAGCGUCGUUGACCUUGGGGUUGCAUCGGCCCGGCCCCGAGCCGCUGGCGGUGGAGGUCGCCGGGCCGGACCCACACUGGCAUUGGCUGGUCCGGGCCGAGACCGGCAGAUCGGGUCCGGUCUUUUAAGAAGCCACGUGGGUGUCAGCGAGACUGUUGACACCGGUAGGCCCACCGGGGGGAGGACCACGUCAUCAAUCAAAUACCGGAAGGCGGCCGAGAACAUGCCCCUGCCACGUCCCGGGAAUUAUUGGACCUAGUCCAGUGCAGCUCACGGCCCGCAGAGUCAACCCCGGAAGUGAGCAGGAGAAACUAGUGGGGCCUACCCAAGGGUAGGCCACAUCUGUGGCUGAUACGUGGCCGCGUGGAUUUACAGAAUUUAAGAAUUUUCAGAAUGAGUCGGAUAUUCUGACGUGGCCCUCACGUGCCGAACCAGGCAGCUGAAGCAGGAGGCCAAGCACUGUAUGCAGGAGCUCCCGGACUGCAGCAUCGUGUUGAUGAAGCGAACCCACGCAAAGGUGCUCCGCCUCAACCUUCGCGGCGGCGGUGAGAAGCAGAGCUCAAGGGAGGAGGGAGAAGAAGAUGAUGACGACGACGAUGAUGACGACGACGAUAAUGAGGAGGACCGCCAGGGCCUCUACCGCCGUCUGAAGCACUCGACCCCAGCAAGCAGCCCUGAAGAUGAACGCACGGCCACUAAUGGCGGCUCCUCCUCCGUCGUCUGCUACAGAGACCCUUCUUCGGGUAUCAAGACCCUGCAGGAGAUAUUCAUCGAGUCAGGCGGAGAUUCCCCUGCCGACCGGUUACAGCCCACCACCGUCCGGCCGGCCGUACGGCGGCGGAGCAGCUCCACCGCUGUGGCGCCGCCGCUGUGCAGCGUGUGCCGGCACCGAGCCCCCGUGUUCGGGAAGCCUCCCAGGUGGUUCGGUGUCGGGGAGCUGGAGGAGGCUACCGGUGGCUUCUGCGACGAGAACUUCCUGGCGGAGGACGCGCUCACGUGGGUUCACCGCGGUGUGCUUCGCAAUGGCCAGGUGGUGGCGGUGAAGAGGCUGAAGCCAUCACCGCCGGCGGCGCCGGGGAUGAUGGCGGUUUACCCGUGCGGCGGCGGCGGCGGCGACGGCGGCUUCCGGGCGGAGGUAGAAGUCCUCAGCCGGGCACAGCACCGGAACGUGGUCAUGCUCGUCGGGUUCUCUGUGGAGGCCACGCAGAGGGCUCUGGUCUAUGAGUAUGUCUGCAAUGGCUCCUUAGCCGCUCAUUUGCACGGUGAGCCCUCUCAAUUAUUUUGCCGUCCACGUGAAGGAAAAAGCACGCUUUGAUCUUGUGUCCUCGCCGGCGGCGCGCAGGAGGUAGGGCGGCAGCGCCGCCGCUGGACUGGCCGGCGAGGCUGAGGAUCGCCGUUGGGACGGCGAGAGGACUCCGCUACCUCCACGAGGACUGCAGAGUGGGCUUCAUCCACGGCGACGUCCGCCCCUCCAACAUCCUCCUCACCCACGACUUCGAGCCUCUGGUACGUCGCCCUCCCCUCUCCAUCGAGCUCUCAGCGUCUCUCUGAUCGUCUCCACGGAAUUCUUCAGAUCGCAGACUUCGGAUUCUCGCGAUGGCAGCCGGAGGGUGGCGGUGCUGGCCGGCGGAUGCUCGGGAAAUUCGGGUAGGCAAUUCGGUGACUUUUAUGCUCUUUGAAUCGUAAAUGUCAACGCCGGAGAAGGCUGACGCAGGGCCGGUGUGAAGGUAUCUCGCGCCGGAGUACAUAGAGAGGGGGAGGAUCACGGAGAAGGCAGACGUUUACGCCUUCGGCGUGGUGCUGCUGGAGCUCCUCACGGGGAGGAGAGCGGUGGACGCCGCAAGGCCCAAGGGACAGCAGUUCCUCGCCGAGUGGGCACGGCCGGCUUUAUCGUCGCUGGCGGCCGGCGGCGCCACCGCCACCCCGGCGACGGCCGUUGACCGGCUGUGGGACCCCCGCCUUGAUCCGCAGCAGUCCCGCCGCUUCUCCCGGCGGCUGAUCGCCGCCGCGGAGGCGGCCGCCGCCUGCCUCCGGCGGGAGCCCCAGGCCCGGCCCACCAUGUCCAAGGUACCCACAUACUUUGAGAAAGCCCGGGUUUUUCUCAAUAAGCGGAUCAGCCACCAUAUGGUAAAAAUAAUCGAUGAUUUCUCUCAAUAUGGUUGACUAUACUGGGCGUAGGUCUUGCGGAUGCUGGAAGGGGAGGAGCCCGUUGACCUCGGGGGGUCAAGCAUGGGCCCCAAGGGCGAGGCCAGUGGGCGGCGCUGCGUCAAUCCAUGUCAGGAGAGGAAUGGCGGCUGGUCAAAGGGGAGCCUCUCCCAGAGGAUCCCACACGAGGCCAUCACGAGAGCCCUCCUUCAUGCGGCGGAGAGGAACCCGGCCCGCAUCUACUAA